AUGGCUACGUUAGAAAAUAGACUUAGUCGAAGGAAAGGAAAACCUGGUGGUGAAUCAUAUAGGUUAGACACUAAAAAUAAAACACCCGAAGAAAAUAUUGUAGAUAUCAUUCAAGGUUUAUACUUGAAGAAACAUUUGCACAAUGAUACUUCACCUACUACCAAGACUAUGCCUACAGAAUAUAGGUCAGGCCUUCGGACCACACAGAAAAAUACUUAUGAAAGUAUAAGAGUUUCAUAUCUCACUGCUUUGGUUCACUUAUGUAAAGAAUACAGGAAUAAUUUAGGGUUUUCAACUGAUGAAUUAAUGACAUGUAUCCGUGUUAGUCUAGUUGAUGAGUCUAUGCUUAUGCGAGCCACUGCAUUAAGAGUCCUCAGAUAUUUAAUACAAAAUGAAAGUGAUGUUGCUACCUUCAAUGCAUUGAAGUUGCCAUAUCUUGUUAUAAGAUCAAUGGAUUUAAUGCUCCGCAAUGAAGAAGAACGUGCACAAGCAUUACGUGUUGUUAGACGGAUAAUUGCAGUUGUAGGAGGCACAGAGCCGUCUAUAAGACGUCACAGGGCUGCUUACAUUGAACAGGGUCUGUUGCGGUGUCUUGCAUCAGUUGCUCGUGCUGGAAGUGCUGGUGAUGGAUCUGGUGAUAGGCUUUCAAGGCCAGCUAUAGCAACGUUAGCCGAAAUAUGUGUAUUAAAUCCGGAUUUAUUUAUAUCCUGUGGUGGGGUGACCGCUGUAACUAGACAGCUGGCAGAGUGUGCCACGCCUCGGAUGGCUGAAGCUCUGUGUGGAGUGCUAUUGCAUAUUAUAAAUGAUCCGCACUCUCGUACUAAUGCCAGGGUCGAUUUGACGUGCCUAAACUCUCCUUAUUGUGAUUUUCAUUUUCGUCCAUCUGGGACUGAUACCAGCAGGGAUGAAAGGGAAAUGCGUUUUACAUGCAGCCGUCUAGCAUUGCUAUGCGUGCUGCGUAGCUGGCCUGGUCUUUUACAUUUCUGUCAUCCGCGUGCUGCUGGAGGUCUGCGCGCAUUAGUCGCAGCUCUCUAUCUACCUCGGUUAGAGGUCCGAAAAGCUAUACUGGACCUUCUUUAUGAAUUGGUUGGUCUGCGCCAGCCUGAAUGGACAGAUGAGAUUUCAGUUGCUUUAGACGCUGUGGACCCAUCAGAUUUUCAGGAUUCAUGGCGCCUAAAUGAAGAUUUUGUUGCCGCUGAAGGAAUAGCUAUACUACCUCAUCUUGGUGCUACUGGUCCUGAUAUAAUUGAAAUUCAUCUUGCCUUAUUACUUCAGUGCUUUCUAGAGGCUGGACUUCUAGACAGCUUAGCAGAAGUAAUAGUGACAAGUGAUACAUUUAUAUCAGUCAGAGCGACUGUAUUGUUAGGGCAACUACUGCAUUUGGUGCAUGUGUUACUACCCCCUCAAAUUUGUAAUAUAACGCCAGCGUUACCUGCAUUGGUUUCACAAGCGUCCGCGGGUAAACCGCAAGCAUUGGCAGCUGUUGCGGCUUUGCAAAGACUGCACUCCAUGUUGGAAGCGAGACCGGCUAGCAAUAGCCUUUUCUUGGAUCAUAUCAUUAAGUACUGUAGUGGAACGUAUAAAACCAGAAUAGAGGAUGUCUCGAAGAGCCGAAAAGAGAAAGACAAUGCAAACAGAGUCAGACCGAAAUAUAAUAAUGAAUCAGAUACGGAAGAGGAACCGAAGCAACGGCAUAGUGUUGGUUCAAGAGCAGACGUGGCCACGAGGAACGUUAGCGCUUUAGUGAAAAGUAAAAGUGUGAGUUCUCGGACUAGUGCCGCUGUAAGCAAAGUGACUAAAUCGGCGAAAUUCUUCAGCUUGUUCGAGCGAGAGAGCGACAGCUUGAUUCGAUCGUCGUUGGUGAUGCAGAACAAGGACGGCAAUACAUGGAACUGGGAGAUAAUUCGGACGAUACUUAAGGAAGCUGAGACGACGUUACUGAAUUUAAACGACAGUGGUCACAAGGCGUGGGCGGGUCGGAUUAUAAACUACCUUAAGCCGUCCUCAAACAAAUACUCUCACACUGAUCUUUCAACUAAUUGCAACGGCCACUCAGCCACGCGUGCCGGCUGCCAACUUAUAAGGCAUCUUUUGAGACAUAACGAUGUGGAUUCUCAAAAAUUCCUGGAAGACUUGUUUAAUGACGUCAGUCAGCAGAUAGUGGCUAUUCAGACGGGGAAGAAAGCUCACGAAUGUCUCUUCAGCCCGCAACACAUGUGCAACACUAUGUGCCAAAUGUAUUUCCUGUUUAUUGGACAACUCUGUCACUCCAACACUGGACUAAGACUAUUCAAGAAAUCUAAGCUUUAUGAGAACCUCUUGGAAUUAGCGACAAAAACCCACCACAGCUGUUAUGUGAAACUGGUAAUAUCCAGUUUGGAUUACACACUCGAUGCCUGUCCACGGGACAUCCUCGCCAAAACACUGACUUGUAACAACCAGGCGUCACGACUGUACGCAACCCAGUUCCUCAAUGUCCUCAUACGCGCGUCCAGAAAGUCGAGAGAUCUAAUCCGCAAGAAGGCUAAAUUAAAAAAGAAUUUACUCCAAGAGCAUUGGAAGUCUUCGCGGGACGAAGAAUUCAUGGAAGGAGUGGAUAUGGAUACAUGGCUGAUGCAGAUGCUGGUCGGGCAAAUUAAGGACGAGUCGAAGAUUGUCGUCAAGAACGCUUUGGCCAUUUUGGAAGAAGCUUACACUGUUCCAGUAUAUCAAGACAAACUAAUGUCGCUGAGAGACAUGCUGGGCGAGAAUUGUCAAUUAGAACGAGAAGCAGAGGCCUGUGUAGCUGAAUCGUCAGCGGGUGGCGACCGUGGCUAUUUGCUGUGGCUCGCCGUGCAGCUAGCAGCCACAAGGCACUCGCCACACGACGAUUCUGUGGCUUUCAUCAACAAGCAUAUGCACUACUGGGACAAAUCGUAUAACUACAGAUACGUACGACUGGUGGAAGCCGAGGUACACGAAGCGUUGACGCUAAGUGAAGGGGUGCGACGCGCGCGCGGAACUAGACGCAGUGCCCGCCCACCUCCGCACAUAUUGUCAGCGUUGUCCAUGCUGGCUUCUCCCGCUGUUAAUUCGCCAAUGGUGUCACCACCCUUUGUUAGGCCUUUACUAGCCGCCGCUCUACCACCACACUAUAAGAUCCUACAAUGCAAAAGCUGUUCAAGCGAACAAGAAGUAAUGGACCUAAAAGCGUCCCUUUGGGCGGUCGGAAACACCGCUGUGACACCUACUGGUUUGCAGCUGCUAAUGGCACUGUCCAACAACUCAUUAGAAGACUCAAUCCCAGUCCACAUAGUCCGCCUUGCGAAGUUCUGCCCAGUGUACUCUGUUCGGGCCACCGCCUUUUACAUACUUGGACUCCUAGGCAGCACGUACGACGGUGCUAACUUGCUCUCAGAAUUGGGUUGGCUCUGCGUCCGGCACACUCGUCACGACCAGUUUCCGGUUAUCACGGACGAGAAUUUCAUUCAGUCGCUGGAUACCAAUGAAAAAGGAUACGUGACGUCACCCGAUCGUAAAUUCAACAACACGCUAGAGGUUGAUUUGAGCGAACACUCCGAUCACACUGACCAAAGUAUCGCUGAGAGCCUAUAUUCAGACACAACUAGACUCAAUCGGACGAUCGGCGCCAUAUCGAUUGACGAGAAAGAUCAUGACGAAGUCGAUCAUAAAAUUAAUUACGGACGAGAAUCCGAUAAACGUAAAUCUCAUACGCUACCUUCUCAGGGUUGUGUCAGUUCUCACGAGAGAUCGCUUACAGAAUCGAGAACGGUAGAUAUAAUACGCGACUGUUCGCCUUAUGAGCGCACUGGGCAUAAAAUGCACGUGGAGAACAGAUUACUGGGUAGAAUGAACUCGCUGGAUCAAGCCCACGAAGGCAGAGUUAGGAAUACUAGUGAGUCUAGUACUAGUGGUGUUAGCAGCUGCGACUCGUUUCUUGGGAAAUACGCUAUACCGGAUCGUGUAUUGACGUUAAGCCCUAUUCCCAGUUCCUCUAGUCUUUACGGUAUGAAGAGUACGAUAACUACGCAUCGGCCACGCCCCACUGAAAUCCAGCGACGUAUCUCUACAUCUAGUUUUACUGCCCCAGACGUAGCCAGCUCACCACCAACUCAAAAGGAUAUGAGCGGAUAUGCAACGAUACAAUCACUAAACAAACAUAGACGACCUCACGUGUCAGAAGGCGCCGCAACCAGUUCUAGUGACAUCGAUGAGCUUGUAUGGCUCCUACCGGACUUUAAUAGGCGUAAGCUGAACAGACCCUACUCCUCUGUAAGAGAGAGGUCUAAAACGCAACGAGAGAAAAUGGCCAAAUUCAACAUGGUUGAAGAGGAUUGGCGACCCUUGUGCCAACGUGAACGAGAAAAUGUAAGAAGCGGUGGAGCGGGUGGGGCGCGCGUCGGAACGUGCACUCCGCCCGUUGGUCCGCCGCCGCACUAUAUGGCUAUCUGCCUGCCGAGGGACCUAAGGCAGCUGUUUCCACUAGAAGAGAUCAAGGAUGAAAAUAUUGAUGCAGAGAAGACGCGUGUUAGACUAACUUCAUUUGCUGAUUGCAAUGUGACAAGUGACAAGCGAACCACUCCCGAAGUACAAACUACUGUUCAUAGGGAUUUCAGCACCAGUACAAUGCAACGACCGCCUCUACCAAUACCGACAGCUACUAACAAAAACGAGACCACGGACAAAAUAGUUACAGAUAAAUCGAAUACAGAGACUGAUAGAACAGAUGAUAAAAUGAUAUUUGCCAAGGAAGACGAGAUAAGUUACGUGAAAGAUAUCAGCUCGAGCACGCUCGUGGGCACGUUCAGCAGAGAGAGCAAACCCGGGAAAUGGAAACACGUGGCGCGGGACUGUCUAGUCUGUGUCAGAACUCGACCGCCCUCCUCUCACGAAUUGAGAGAAGCUUUCUUCGCAGACUUGGAAGGUACGAGUAUUUCCGAGGAGAGGGAAAGUCCGACGCCCAGCGAAUCGCAGCCGCAGGCGCAACUUUUGCACCACGUGCUCUUCAUGUCCAAUCCUAUUCAUUUCAAACAGACUCGUUCCGCACUGCUCUCCUUGAAGCAACGCCACCCGGACGUAUUCCGCAACGCGUGCGUAUAUUCGGACGUCUGCGGCCUUCUAUCCCGUGACACGUAUAUGCUGUGCGCCCGUCGUUUCCUGCAGGAGCUCUUUCUUGACACUAAUUUCGAAUGCUUUCCUACUGAACUGAGUGCUAUAUUCGCCCGUCAUAGUCAAGCCGCGCUUCUUUCACCCACCACACCCAAAAUAGACACGUAA